AUGGCCCGGUCGGAGGUGAAGUGCUACUGCUGCGGUUUGACGGAGGAGUGCAGGCCGGCAUACGUAGCGACGGUGAAGGAGAGGCACCAGGACCGGUGGAUUUACGGGUUCUGCGUUGAGGCGAUCAAGGACGAGAACUCGAGGUCGUCGAGGAAGAUAAGCACGGAGGAGGCGAUGAAGCAGCACGUCAGCUUUUGCGAGGAUUUCCGGAUGUCGAGUCCUCCGGCGAAGCCGACGGAAUAUCUUAUAGCUGCGAAGCAACUGUUGCGGCGGACUAAGGAUUCGCAGAUGAGGGAGAGACUGGGUGGCUGCCGGCCGGGGAUGGUGACUUGGGGAGCGUAG